GUGCAUGCCGGGAUGUAAUAUUGAUUUGGCGCGCUUCCGGAUUCCUCCGCGCUCGGAAAGGGUCAGACAACUAGGUGAUCACAAAAGGAACCACACUGUCUACUGUAAAGGCUGGACCAAUGCAUCAUGGAGGGGGGAAGCAGGCAGGGGGGUCAGAGACACUGCAGCUGUGGGUGAGACCUGAGCCCUUCACCCUGGGGGUGCUCCCCCUCCCCCCACAUCCAAAACUCGGGCUACAUUACCUUAAGAAAAUUUCUGUAUAUGCCAAAACCAAAGGAAAGCAGGGAUUUCCUAGACUUAGCUAUGCAGUAUGGAAACAUGUUGCCUGCAACAAACUCCAGCUGUCAGAGGAUUUGGCUUGGGUGUAUUUUGAGACAUACGAUCUUCUGAGUCAUCCUAGUGCAGAAGAUCGGAGUGAACAAGAAGGGGUCAGUCCAGGAAGAAAAAGUGUGGAGACGUUUAAGUUCCUGCUGUUUCUGUACAUCCAACAGUCCAACAAAAUCUCCCUCCGAGAUUCCUCACUGGUCACAGGAGAAGAAUGGCCAACAAGAUCUCGCUCCCCCUCACCAGACCCAGAUGGAAGAACAUCCCAUGGCCCAAAGGGUCUGGAUGAGCAGAACCACCUGUUGUUUGUUAUAAACCACCUGGAUGAGAUGAUGGGGCUUUUAGUCGAACCAGAUCAGUAUGGUGAUGGUGUACAUGACCAGUUACUGUCAGUAGAAGCUGUACAAGCCCUGGGCUUUGUUAUAGAAGGCUCAAGUAAUGGCAAACAAGUAAAGCCGGUUCAUACCAUUGCAAUGCAGCAGGGAGUACAGCAGCAAAGUGGUUACUCCAAGAUUUCGCAGAGUUUCUCAUUCCGAAGUCUUCAAACAUGGGUGAGGAAGCAUCUGGGUGCAAACUUGUUUGGUAUCACAGCCUGUAUAGCUACAGGCAGACGGCUGUCAUGGACAAAACCAGUUGAACAGGAUGGAAGAACAGAGAGUAGCCCGGGAAAGAGAGGACGUGUAGCCACCAAUGCACACAUAGCCUCUAAACAAAACAAGGUGUUGAUUCUGUCUCAGGUGUGCAAGCAGACUGUUUCUCAGAGUUCAGAGGUGGUGACUGAAGCACACAUCAAGAUCCACAGAUGUCACUUCUCUUAUAUCUACCUGCUGUCUCCACUCAGAUCUGUUAGUAUAGAGAAGUGUAAGCACACUACAGUAGUGCUUGGACCGGUGGCGACCUGUAUCAACGUGGUGGGAUGUGAACACACGACCAUCAUAGCUGUCUGUCGCAGAAUCAGUGUCAGUUCUUCAACGCUGUGUACUUUUCACACUUUGACCCCGUCUCAACCUCUGGUGUUCGGUGGUAAUGACAGCUUGACCUUUGGCCCCUACCACACCCACUAUCCUCAGCUAGAAAGUCACAUGACCCAGGUGGGGUUAGGCACAGAGUCCAACUUCUGGGACCAGCCUCUAGCGCUAGGUAAGGUAGCGCUAGGUAAAGUAAAGCUAGGCCCAGACAGUCAGGAAGUCCCUGUGUUUGAGAUCAUGAACCCGAGAGACUUUUACGUCUUUGUGACCCCAUUUGACAUGGAGGGAGACACCAAGGAGAUCCCGGGUGGCCUGCCUGAGGAGUACGAGCGAGCGCUGCACCACCGCGAGAGGGACGUCAAGAGAUGGCAGCGCACGGUGAAGGAGGCGGGGCUUAGCAAGGAGCAGAAGAAACAGUUCCAGAGUAUCGUGGAGGCAAAGUUUCAGGCUUGGCUGGCAGAAACGGGUAACAAGAGGCAGCUGGAUGGCCUAGUGCCUUCCUCCCCCACCCACAGGGCAGCAAUGGACAGUCCCAGAUGACCACCCACCCAUCCACCUAGCAUCAAUGGACAGUCCCUAUAAAAUAGAUUUAAAUGUAUUCCUUAUUGUGUAAGUGAGAUGUUAGAGAUGAAAAAUCAGUUCUAUUGUAAGAUAACAGCCAUAGAAAGUCCACAAGUUCUGAAAGUCACACAAAAUGCAAAGCUGAAGUGAACGUUCUUAAAGAAGUUGUAUUCAACCACUGUCUGGUUGGAAUUGAUAAUCAUUUAAAAGUUAUGUAUUUUGGCAGCUAGUAAAGAGUAUUUAGACAUGUUGCACAAAUAAAAGCAUUAUCUGAAUGUCUGUAAAUUACUUAAUUUACUUUUACACAAGAUCUCUGUAUUCCUUGCUUAACGUGCCAUGCCUUGUAAAAUGCCUUGCCAUAAUGCAAGCUGUAUACUUGCAUAGAUGAAUUUAUUCUAACCAAAAAUAGCUGCAGUAAUUUUGAGAUUGCCAUAAUGGUAAAGAAAGGUAAGAUACAUUGUAUUGUGAAGACCUUUUUCUGAAAAUCCAUGCUAGAAACUUCAUUGUAUUUGUUGUACAUUUGCCAUGGAGGGUUAUAAGGGAAAUGUAUGUACACAAUAUUGUGCAAUUAUAUAUUGUGUGAUGUGCUUUUGUCAUGAUUUAGAGUUCUACUAGCUUUGAUUUAAACUUUCCAAAUUUAAGAGUUUACUUAAGUAACUUGCUGGAGCAAGGGUAUUGAUAAUGAUAAUGAUAUAUGUUGUGUGCCAACCUGUAGAUACAGUUGUGAUUGCCAUUUCAUGCUUAUUCCUAAGUAAAUCCAAAAAUUACUUUAAUAUAUCAGAUAAAAUGAACUGUCAAAACCUAAGAGUCAAAAAUGUGUCAAAUUUAUUCUCAGUGCAUGUUGAUGACUCUUCAAUGCUAAGACGACUGCAGUUUGUUGGCUUAGGUUUUUAUAGUCCUUCUAUUUCUGGGAAAGAAGUUUUUUGUGCACAAUGUAAACGUAAAACUUGCACUACAUAGAUACUUGUUGCAACAAAAUGUGAUAUACUCACUGUGAUUUGAUUAAGAAUUAGAAAGAACCUAUGAGCAUAAGAAAUUGCAAGACAAUGUGUGUAAACCAUAAAAAUGUCUUUACAUCUCAUCCUAUAUUACCUGACU